UAUUUUGCGACAUUAGUGGAUUUUCUCGCUAUUACGCAGACUUAGCCCAAUUCAUUUUCCAAACAAUGUAAGACUUUCUAGCUUCGGGGAUUUGCUGGAAUAUAGAAUAAGCAAUGCUACUCUUUUUGUGCGCAACUUUCGCACUUUCCAUCAACAGCACUGAGCAACCUUGAAGCGCCCAGACUGAGAUCUGUCUCACCCUUUUCAUGCUGGCGUUUAAUGGAAAUUCAGGAUGACCGACUCAUUUUUCGAUUUUGACGCAUCCUUGCCGCCUGAAGAUGGACCAGGUAUGGAAGAGGACGAGUAUGAUGCUCUCAACGACGAAACUUUUGGUGCUGAUACAGAAUGGCGUGAGGACGAGUGGGAAAAAAGCCACGAGCAACUUGCAGUGGAGACUGAAACAGCAAGGAUAAAACAGACGAGGGCUCACCACCCAGUAGAAGAUGAUGACGAGGAUGGUCUUGUCUCUGGUUCUGCUGCAGCGCAACUCGAAGCGCGGCUUACAGAAAUUAUUUUGGAUGAAGUUGAAUCUCCAGUCAAGCAGAAACCUAUGCUUUCUAUACCUCCUGGAUUUUGGCCGCCUAUCCCUAGUUUACAACAACGCGCCCCACCAAAGCCAGGGGGCAGUUUUGAAAACACCCAACAUCCUAGCAUGCCCGUAUUUAAUCAGCUUGCUGCGUUAGGUCAUGGUCAGCCUCCACCACAGCAGGUGCCCAAACCUCCUAAUAUGGUAAUGGUUAGAACAGUAGAGGACCUCGAAAGAGACCUUCGUGCAAAAUCUCAAGCUCAAGUCCAACGAGCUCAAGCUCAGCCUGAAGGCAGUAAUUUUGGAAGUCCAGUGAGGGAGGGAUCAAAGCCAGGUGGUCCUGUGGACUCGAACCAGUUGCUAGAAAUGCUCAGAGCAAUGGGCUCAAUGCCGGAACACAGACCUCAAGGACACCCUCCUUCGUCGCAGCCUGAUAUAGUUCUAAGACUGGCCCAGAACCAAGGAAAGCCAUUCAUGCACCAGCCCCCACCGCCACCCCAUAACGGUGGAAUCAUGAUGCCCCCAGGCCCUAUGAGACAUCCUCCGCCACCCGGAAUGCAUCGAAUGCCCCCAAAUAUGUUUCCUCCCAACUUCCAUCACAUGCGCAUGCGAGGUGAAAUGCCAUUCCCCUGGAUGAACCAGCCGAUGCCAGUGCCCAUGAUGCAUAAUCAGAUGCAUCCACCUGGAAUGCAUCAUCCCCAUCCUGCUCAAAUGAUGAACCAACAGCACCAAAUGAUGCUUCACCACCAGCAGCAGCAGCAGCAACAACAACAACAACACCAAAUGCAGCAGCAGCAGUUGAGGCAAAAUGGUUCUCAUGACCCGUAUGCAGGACUCAUGACCCAGAAGGACAAGCAGUGGUUGAUAAACAUACAGAUUCUCCAACUCAACACGCAAAAGCCUUAUGUGGAUGAUUUUUACUACACCGCAUUCCAAUACAAGCUGCAGCGGGCCAGAGAACUGGCUGGGGAGCGUGGAGUGCGAGUGCAAAAAAGAGAGCAACGAACGCUGGAGCCGAGGACUUAUACGCCUGCACAAUUUGAAGGAUCGUUAGGAAAGCUGCAGGUCGUCAGUGUGACGGCACCCAGGAAAAUUAUUGAUAUGGAAAUCAUGAAUGCAGAGGGUCAGGACGCUCAGACUCCUGCAAGGGAUACAAGAAAAGUGAAGCAAGCACUUCUCGAACUUGAAAGGCUGUACAUCCUGGUAUUGCAAUUAGAAGAUUUAGAGCACCCCCUUUUAGAAGCCAAACAGUCAGUGCCCGAGAGUAAGGAAGAAAUAGUGUGGAAAGUCUUGAAUACCAUCAUACCUGCGCCUAAUGCCGAAGACAAGUUACCCUUGCUCCUGUCUGUUCGGAAAGGCAAAAUUCUUCUUCAACGACUUUUCCCGCACUUGACCUAUUCUCAGCAAACCCCAAUCUGGCGCUCUCUGCUUCAAAACUUUUGGAGUAUAUCACGCAAGGAUGCGCAAGAGCAAGUGCUGUGUGAACUGUUCCCUGCUUUCCGUGAUUGGAGCGCCCAGGCAGUCCUGCCUAACAUAGUUGAAGUGAUCUCAGCGAUGCUUCCACAAAUAUCCGAGCGUAACUCGUCUCCUAGCAAUAUCACUACACGAUCGCCACUGCCGGCAGCCCUUUCUAACAAAUUUGGCGUAUCCAUCAUCACCUCGAUCAUUAACCGAGCUGGUGAGUUAGACGACAACAGCUGCCCUCCAAAAACGCACCCUGACUGGCAGGCUUGGUCUACUUUUGUUAGCACGAUAUCUGAAGUUUCAUGUGAGCUUUCAAUCGAGCCAACCACUCCGUUAGACCCAUUGGCUAAACCAAACUCUUUGACAAGAUUUGUAGACAACAAACAAAGUCAAACGCUUCAAAGGCUGCUGCAAAUUGAUAACAAGCAUGCAGAGUAAGAAAUUUAAUUUAAAUAUCUUAAGAUCAACAGAGCAGAUUUACAAUUGAAUUGCUUCAAAUAGCAAUGUGAAGUUAAAGGAGAUAAAUUAUGGCUCCUUCCAAAUUGCCGGGAAACUUAAUUGAAAUUUAUAUAAAAAAGGCAUAUGAGCACUAUCAUGAGUUACAAGAAUUUUUUAUAAUCUGAUGUAAAAGUGUUAAUCAAGCCAUUUAUUUUGUUCUUCAUGACAUCAGGAUUGAAAGGUCCAGGCCGUUUUCAACAAUUUGUUGAUUAGUUUGUAUAAUACAAGUCAUCCAGCGCUUGGAAAUUUUUAUCGAAAUAACACUGACAUGCGAAAUGUCCUACUUUUAUGUAUAGGAUGACAUUUGUUUAAAAUCCUAUACAAAACUCGUGAUCGUCUCCCAGAUUUUGUCAUUUUUAAACUUUUUAAAAUUCUGCAUACUUGACGUUCAUCCAUUGGGAGUUGUCGCCGCGCACUACAAUAAUUUAUGUAAAAGAACCCAAACAGAAGAGACCUCAGCCUGUGGUGAAUUAAUUGUCGGAGCUGCUUGUUGCCAUAACGAGAUCUUGAUUAAGCUGUCCAACUCAAAAAUGGAAAUUAAUUAAACCAGCAUAAUAUUGCGCUUAUAAAGCAAUAUUCUUAAAUACAAAAGCCUUUUCUGUAUUGCCUCUGCAAAAUUUCAAACAAGAUUGAGCUUGUGUAGCACAAAACUAGAGCUGUAUGAGCCAGGCAAUGUAAAAAAUCCUUAAUGUGCAGUUGAGGUGACGAUCCUGCCGUUGGAGACACAGCAGUUGGGGCCUCAAUUUCUUGUUUUAGUUUAAAUAAAAUCAAUUAAUUAACGACCAAGCAA